UAAUUGGUGUGGGAAGUUACGCUCUAUGUACAAAGGCACAUUAUCUAGUGGAAUUGCGGUAGCCAUGAAGGUUCUGGAUUUGGCAAAUGAGCAAGUGUGCAAGAGGUUUGAUACCGAAUGCGAAGUGAUGAGAAAUGUUAGGCACAGAAAUCUUGUCUCCGUGAUUACUACUUGUUCUAGUGACUAUAUAAGAGCCUUUGUUCUGCAAUAUAUGCCCAACGGGAGUCUUGAGAAUUGGUUGUACAAAGAAGAGUCUCACUUGAACCUCCUUCAAAGAGUAGCCAUAAUGCUUGAUGUGGCUGUGGCAAUUGAAUAUUUACAUCAUGGUCAUGUCACUCCAAUAGUUCAUUGCGACCUAAAGCCAUCAAACGUUCUUUUGGAUGAAGAUAUGGUGGCUCAUGUUGGUGAUUUUGGAAUCUCUAAAAUUUUAGCCAUAAGCAAGUCCAUGGAACAUACCGAGACAUUGGGCACUCUUGGUUACAUAGCACCAGAAUAUGGCUCGGAGGGAAUAGUAUCCACUAGUAGUGAUGUUUAUAGUUAUGGUAUCAUGUUGAUGGAGGUUUUGGCAAAAAAAAGACCAACAGAUGAAGAGAUGUACAAUGAAAAUCUUGGCUUGAGGCAGUGGAUAACACGAGCAUUUCCAAAGACUAUUAUGGACAUAGUGGAUGCCAAUCUCUUUCCUGCGGAAGAACAAAUCACUUCCAAAAGUGAAAUCUGCAUAGCCUCCAUGAUAGAGUUGGCUUUGGACUGCACAAAUGAAAAGCCGGAAUCAAGGAUAACCAUGAAAGAUGUAGUCAAGAAGCUUAACAAAAUCAAGAACGCAUUUUUGGAAACAUAGAAUUUAGCAUCUCUUAAGGUGGUGUUCUUUCUGAGUUCAAGUUAACAAGUUGUUUUUUGUUUACUUGGUUUAUUAAAUAAAGUCGUGCGUACUACUUGGAGGCAUGUACUUUCUGCACUUUUGCGCGUUACACUCCGUCAUGCUGUAAUCUUAUAUUUGAGUGGUGUCCAGCCUAUUUUACUUUCUUUAGUAACUAUGGUUUCUA